CGUUGGCCUACGGAAGCCCGCGCUUGGAUCGCGCUGCCUUGAGUUGGGCCGUAGCAUCCUAGCGGUUGGACACAGAUGCGAAGGUCCGAGAACUGACGCCGGUUGGGCCGCUCAGGGAGUCAGCCCUUGAGCGGAGCGGAACGGCCAGACUAAUCAAAAGGAUGGAUUUUACAGAAGCUUACUCAAGCACAUGCUCUACAGUUGGACUUGCUGCCAGAGAAGGCAACGUUAAAAUUUUAAGGAAACUGCUCAAAAAAGGUCGAAGUGUAGAUGUUGCCGAUAACAGGGGAUGGAUGCCAAUUCACGAAGCAGCUUAUCACAACUCUGUAGAAUGUUUGCAGAUGUUACUUCAUACAGAUUCAUCGGAAAACUACAUUAAGACAAAGACUUUUGAGGGCUUCUGUGCAUUACAUCUUGCUGUUAGUCAAGGACACUGGAAGAUCACGCAGAUUCUUUUGGAAGCUGGAGCAGAUCCUAAUGCAACUACUUUAGAAGAAACCACACCGUUGUUUUUAGCUGUUGAAAGUGGACAGAUAGAUGUUCUGAAGCUGUUGCUUCAACAUGGAGCAAAUGUCAAUGGAUUCCAUUCUAUGUGUGGAUGGAAUUCCUUGCACCAGGCUUCUUUCCAGGGAAAUGCUGAGAUUAUAAAACUGCUUCUUAAAAAUGGAGCAGACAGAGAAUGCCAGGACGACUUUGGAAUCACACCCCUGUUUGUGGCUGCUCAGUAUGGGAAGCUAGAGAGCUUGAACAUUCUUAUGUCGUCUGGUGCAAAUAUCAAUUGUCAAGCCUUGGACAAAGCUACUCCAUUGUUUAUUGCUGCACAAGAGGGUCAUAUAAAAUGUGUGGAACUUUUGCUGUCUGGUGGGGCAGAUCCUGAUCUUUACUGCAAUGAAGACAAUUGGCAGUUGCCUAUUCAUGCUGCUGCACAAAUGGGCCAUACAAAGAUCUUGGACUUGUUAAUACCGCUUACUAACCGGGCUUGUGACACUGGUGCAGACAAAGUGAGCCCUGUUUACUCAGCAGUGUUUUAAGGACAGGAAGAGUGCGUGGAAACAUUCCUGCAGAAUGGUUACAGCCCAGAUGCACAGAUGUGCUUGGUCUUUGGAUUCAGCUUCCCUCUGUGCACAGCUUUCCAAAAGGACUGUGACUUCUCUGGAAUUGUGAAUAUUCUAUUGAAGUAUGGAGCCCAGUUAAAUGAACUUCACUUGGCAUACUGCCUGAAGUAUGAGAUGUUUUCAAUGUUUUGCUGCUUUUUGAAGAAAGUUUGCCUAUUGGCUCCUUGGAAUCAUACAUCUGAAUUUAUAAGUUACGCAGUUAAAGCACAAACAAAAUAUAAAGAGUGGUUGCCACAUCUCCUGCUUGCUGGAUUUGACCCAUUGACUCUGCUGUGCAGCAGCUCUUGGGUUAACUCAGUCAGCAAUGAUGUCCUUAUUUUUACUUUGGAAUUUUCUAAUUGGAAGAGACUUCCACCACCUGUUGAAAAGAUGAUCUCUGCUCGUGCAAACUCUUCUUGGGCUCUUCAGCAACAUAUGGCCUGUGUCCCAUGCCUGACCCAUCUCUGCCGUUUGGAAAUUCGGGCCAGUCUAAAAGCAGAGCACCUUCGUUCUAACAGUUUCAUCCAUCAGUUGCCUCUUCCCCGAAGUCUGCGGAGCUAUUUGCUCUAUGAAGAGGUUUUGAGGAUGAAUGAAAUUCCAGAACCUGCAGCUGUUGAUGAUGUAGAAACCAGCGAGGCUCCUGACAGCUCAGUUGUCAGUGCUGUGUAGUCACAAAAGAUGGGACUGUUUACAACUGGGCUGCCCAGUCCCUCCUCCCCAAUCCUGAGAACUUUGCUCAUCCUGCCGUACUCAGUUGUCUCCAGUGUACUUUGUUUUGUGGUGUUUUCUGACCUGAUCAUUUUCUGCUUUGUUCUGCUACUGAGCUGUGAUGCUGCUAUGGUGUUGGAUGUGACCUCUUCCCAGUUAAGAUUCGUGUUCACCUGUGCUUGAAACUAGGGAUGGAAGCCAUAAACUUCCCAGGAAGAAGAUAUAAUGACUGCUUUCGAAUCACUUAACAGUGUUAUUCUAUUUAUGCACCAACAUCCUCUAUGUUUAUAAAAGGAAAUUUUCCUAUGUUGUUCUUAUUUUUUAAUUCAGAUAUAUUUGUGAGGUGUUGAUAUUCUUGCAUUUUAACAUGUAAACUCAGGGGAAAGUUUUUGAAGAACACAGAUUUCAGUCAUAUUGUUUUCUUAGAUUCGUUCUUCAUACUUUUUGGCAAAAUAUACCCCAUUUUCAGUCUGCCAAGAGAAGAACAUACCUAAAGUCAAAGGCAUACUCACUAUAAAAAUUAUGUACUUUUUAGAAAUAUUGUACUGCACUCAGAAUAUUAAUAAGGAGACCUGAAAGGAGCAUUCAUACAGCAACAUCUGUAGAGACAGGGGUACAUUUCAGUUGUCUAAUGCUAAAUAGAACAGUCAGACUUCACUCAGCUCUAGAAUAAGAGGGCAGGUUUGUUUCUAUGAAUCAGUAAUAGCCAAUAAUAUUCUAUUCAUACGUACACUACUUUUCCUUCUUAAUACCAGGAUGUAUUUUUAGAGCAUUGAUAAAAUAAAGACCUUGGAGUCCUGCCUUGUGAGUUUUUACAAUAGCUUUAUCUAAACCUUGAGUCAAGAAAAAUCAAACAUCAUCAAGACAUUUGUCUGAGAGACUGGAAAUUAGCCUUGAGAGGGAGGUAUUAGGGUGUUACUGUCAGAAUAGGCAGCACAGGCUGAUUUCUACAGGAGGCAGAACUUCACCUCCUGCCAGCAACCUGUGCUUGAUUAGAUCAUCUGGACCCACCUCUAAUAGACUCUCAAAACGAGCAUGAUGAAGGUGGACUUCAUUAGAAGGAUUAAAAGACUAACUCAUUUCUCAUAUUCAAAGUCUUGUUUGAUGUAGAUAUAAAGUUAGAUAUUGAAAAUCAGGCAGAAGUUCUGAUGGUUCAAUUUAACAAAGAUUUUCCAAAAUUGUAUGUACUACGUUUUUUUUAAUAGUGUGAUUUUUUUUUUUCAAACUCUGUUUCAGGAUUUAUUUUUGGUCAUGGCUAACUAUACACAUAAUGCUUUUACAGAAUAUCUUUCAAUGUAUUCUGUUUGUGUUCAAAUGUAUUACAAAAAUCCAGUUUUCCAUGAGCUAGCAUUAAGGGUUAUUUUUUUUUUUUUUGAUGCCCUAAAAUUCAGUACCCUGGCUGGUGAUUUUUUGACUUUACAGGGUUGAAAAAGUGACAACUAUCCCAGGGAAACUGCACUUUGAACUUCAUCUAUUCCUAGGCCAGCAAUACACAGUAUGCUAGUCUCUUGGAGUCUGAUGAUACUGAGAAGUGACAAUGAGCUGUCACUGCUAGCCAGUCAUAUGGUCACAAGGAUGUCUGUAGGGGCAUGAAUGUUCACAGAUACACACUGGAGUAUGUAUCUGUGAACAUACAUAGUAUGGUUGAGUAUUCUUUGGGUAUAUGCCCAAGAGUGGUCUUGUUGGGUCUUGAGGUAUGUUGAUUCCCAAUUUUCUGAUAAACCACCAUACUGAAUUCCAAAGUGGUUGUACAGGUUUUUGUUCCCACCAUCAAUGGAGUAGUAUUCCCCUAACUCCACAUCCUCUCCAACAUAAUCUAUCAUUAAUGUGUUUGAUCUUAGCCAUUCUUACAAGUGUAAGAUGGUAUCUCAGAGUUGUUUUGAUUUGCAUUUCUCUGAUGGCUAAGAAUGUUGAACCUUUCCUUAAAUGUCUUACAGCCAUUUGAGAUUCUUCUGAGAAUUCUGUGUGGUUCUGUACCCCAUUUUUUAAAAAAUAUUUAUUUAUUUAUUAUGUAUACAAUAUUCUGUCUGUGUGUAUGUCUGCAGGCCAGAAGAGGACACCAGACCUCAUUACAGAUGGUUGUGAGCCACCAUGUGGUUGCCGGGAAUUGAACUCAGGACCUUUGGAAGAGCAGGUAGCGCUCUUAACCACUGAGCCAUCUUUCCAGCCCCUGUACCCCAUUUUUAAUUGAAUUAUUUAUCUUACAUGUGGUUCCAAGCUUUGAAUUUUCAGAUAAAUGUUUUUAAUUUGGAAUGCCUGUAAAACUCAAAGCAUGAAAUGGAUCAUAGAGGAGAACAGGCCUGGAGGGAAGUGGGAUGGCAGAGGAAAUGCACUGUGGAAGGGUAAAGAAACCUUGCAAGUGGAAAGUUUUCAUCAGCGAUGGGAGAACUGUGGUGGUGGGGAAAGGGUUAACCAAAAUUAAGCAUGGAGGAAAAAAUCCUUUUGGAAAAAUACUACAUUUGAAGUCCUUUAAAACCAUUUGAGGGGCUGGUUAAAUAGUUUAGCAUGUGAAGGUGCUUGAUGCCAGCCAUAUGCUGUUGAGUGUGAUGUUGGGAAACCACAUGGUAGAGGUAAGAGUGUGAUCCAGAAAAUGAUGCUCUGACCUCUACACAUGUACCGUGGUUUGCCACCAAGCCUAACGAAUGGAGUUGCAUCCUUGGAAGCCUAAGUAAAACAACUGAAUGAAGGAGCCCUGCAUGCAGGGGUAACGUUCCUCCCAAAGAUUAAGUUGACUAAACAAAGGUUCCAAUACUGUGAGAUAGUUCCUUCUGAGCUGUGAAGUAAGGGGGCUCCUGUCAAACAUUACAGGCUGCUACCAAUGUCCUCAUUUACACACGAGAAUUAGAUUGGUGGAUGAUUCUUAACACACUAUACACUUGGGAUAUAGGACAUAAGGUCAUGUUGCAUCUGUGCUGGAUAGCUUCCACAGUACUAGAAGUUUCUAUGCAAGCUACUGGAUGAGGAAAGUUGGCGAUGAUUCUUUGUAGACCCUGCAUGUGACAACUUGCCUGGGAAGAUAUUCUCCGUGUGAUAGUGUGUUGACUUUUAUAGGAACAAUAAAUUUUGUGAUUUGAUUUUAGGUCUACCACACAGCAGGGAACUCUUGGCUGGUCCUGUAAACCUGGUUCAGAGCCCAAUGACUAAGGCCAUGGUGAUGUAAUAUGGAAAUCUCUCUGAUUCUAGAGACUGGAACCUUUGCUUGACAUCACAGCCAGAGUUCAUAACAUGCUUUGAGGUCAUUUAAGAUAUAAGGCUGCUAUCUUACUGUGUACUCAAACUGAUUGUUAACCCACUUUUAAGAGAACAAUGUAACAAUUACCACUACUUUCCUUGGUCUUCCUGCAUAGCCACUUUUACAAACUAAACUAAUACUUAACUAAUCUUAUUUUCUUCUGUGCCCCCGAUCCAGAACAAAUGUGUAUCAUUUGUAUAAAACAGCAAACAUAGAGGUUGAAAACACUCUUAAAUGAAUAUCCACCAAAACAGUUGAACACAGCAGCAUUACUGGGCAAACAUGGUGUUUGUAAUGUUUUUUGUUGUCUGGGUGAGUUGGGAUCAGUUGCAGUUAUUACCUUCAUCCCUUGUAAGACUCCACAAAUGAUUCUGUAAAGUAUCCCACUCCUUCCCCAGGUGAUUCUUAUGGGGAAAUUCAAUAAAAGAGUGAGCAACAAAAGGGGCAGACACACACAUUUACACACAAGGACAGAUGUAGGGACAGACAUAGACUCAGACAAAAAAAAAAAAACAA